ACCGUGGAUCCUACAGUGCAGUGUUCUUCCGAAUGGAUAUGGAGAAAAUGUAACGACGCGGCCGCUAGUCUCCUAUCUCUGUCUAACUGCUCCUCGAGAAUAAUGAUAUGAAGACAAUUAAUACAUAUUAUUGGACUUGAUUGGAGAACAACAACAACGACAAAAACAGCAAUAACAACAAACAACAGAGCAAGGAUUGGCUCCCAAACAUCAGCGUCGCGCCAUGCAGUGAGUCGGACAUCUAGGCGGGUUGGCAUGGCCCAGUGAUGAACGGAGCUGCGGUGCCCGGCAGCCCGGAGUUCUCCUCCUCAUGCCCGCUGCCCGACUGGAGAGAGUUCUGCGAACUCCAUGCCCGUGCCUCCGCCUCCGACUUUGCCCACAAGUUCCGCCGCUUCCUGACGGAGAACCCGUGCUACGACGCCCCGGGUGCCGACAGCAGCUUCUCGCAGCACUUCGCCAGACACUUCCUGGAGUGUUUCACCCAGGCCAGGGACCACCAGGCCUCGCUCUUGCCAGGGGACGACGACUCCAACGCUCCCCCCAAAUACAGCAUUGUUCCCUUCCUGGGGAUCCAGGGCUGCCUUCUGCCCUACGGACACAACGACCUCUAUCAGCGGCGCAAGGACGCCUCCAGCGAGUCCCUGGACAGUAUGGACAGUGGAGGUUUAGGAGUAGAAGGGAUCGGAGGAGGAAGUUCCUCCUCUAUGGCCACCUCCCGCAUCCCUCAGCCCGCCCACAAACCCUCUGCCCUGGGCCAGUCACGCAGCUCAGAGGACGUGUCAGUGGGACACCCCAAGGCCCGCUUCAAGAAGGGAUUCUCUCUGAGGAACAUGAGUCUGUGUGUGGUGGACGGGGUGAAGGAGGUCUGGCACCGCCACGCCUUCCCUGAACCAGACCCCGUGGUGGGGUCCGGAGGGGUCAGACGGGUCAACGGAGGAGGGGAGCCAGGGGGGGAGAGAUGGUCCCAGAGACUGCGUCUUCCCAGGGGGUCUCAGGGGCACAAGGCUGAGCUGCUGGAGAUCCAGAGAGAGGGGGCUCUGCGUUACAUGGUGGCUGAUGAUACUAACUGUAUAGGGGUGCCUCAGUGGCAGAAGUGUAGGUUGCUGCUGAGGAAGACCAGGAGGGACGAAGGGGGUGACAAGUUCCUGUUGGAGUUCUACGUGCCACCCAAGUCAUCAAAGCCCAAGGUCAGCAUCCCUCUGUCUGCCAUUGUGGAGGUGAGGACCACCAUGCCCCUGGAGAUGCCUGACAGAGACAACACCUUCGUCCUGAAGGUAAGGGUGGAAAAUGGAGGCGAAUAUAUCCUGGAGACCAUCGACUCGCUGCAGAAAAACUCCUGGGUGUCUGACAUCCAGGACUGCAUGGACCCUGGGGACAGUGGAGAUGACAUUGAGCUGGCGUCAUGUCCCCACGGCCAGGCGUCUAAAGAGUUCUCCAUGGUGGCCUCGUGCAGCUGUGAGCUUCUGUCAGAAGGUGUCCAUCGUGUCCCUGACAGAUCCUGUGGCUCAGCAGCAACAGCAGCACUGUAUAGCGCCCCCUCUGUCCACUGCAGAGAACUACCCUUCACCCAGCACCCUUCCCAUGUCCCCCUGGAGCGUUUCCUCCAGUGCCCAGAGGCCCAGGGGAAAAGCCCCGCCCCAGGGGUUUCAGGUGAGGGAGCGACCGAGGCGGAGGCUGACCCCAGCCUGGCAACCUACCCAUGGUUCCACGGGACGUUGUCACGCGUACGGGCGGCCCAACUGGUGCUGGCGGGCGGCGCUAGGAGCCACGGGCUGUUUGUGAUUCGCCAAAGCGAGACGCGGCCGGGGGAGUACGUCCUCACCUUUAAUUUCCAGGGCAAAGCUAAGCACCUGCGUCUGUCGGUGAAUGGUAACGGUCAGUGUCAUGUCCAUCAUCUGUGGUUCCACACCGUGUCAGAUAUGCUCAGGCACUUCCAUGUCCACCCCAUCCCUCUGGAGUCGGGGGGCUCCGCUGACAUCACACUGCGUUCCUACGUACAAGUACAGGGUACCCCCACAGACAGAUAUCCCGUCACUCUCUAUUGCUCCCACACAGAUGUGACCGUGCCUCAGCUCCCAACCCCACCCAGGGACCAAGGCUGCCGUACUGACCCAGCCCAGCCAACCCUUCAUCUCCCUGGGGUCUCACAGCCAGCAGGGCCCCCCUCCGACACUCAGCUCUCCUCCAGCUCCUCAUCCUCACCAACCGCUCUUUCUUCCCUCUCCCGUGGUGAGCCAGGCAGCGGAGGAGGAGGAGAAGAAGGAGGAGGGCUGGUUAGCAGGAGCAACAGCUCAGAACGUCUGUUAUAUCCCUCUAGUGGUGCCUCGGAGGACUACCAGGAGACAGACGGAACACGCAGGGCCAGAGCUGUGGAGAACCAGUACUCCUUCUACUGACACUGGGCACAACCAAACCCAGGAACUCUCAUUGGCUGAGACACAGGAAGUGCAGGGAUUUGGACCCAAUAGGUGAAAGGCCAUGGAUCACUUUCUUGUUUGUUUUCCAAGAUGUUUCUCCAAUGUGACAAGGAAGCGUAUUAGACUGUAUGCCAGUCUGUUGACUCUUUGGCCACCCUCAUCAUCAGCUGACAUUUAAAUAUAUCCCUAAGAACACCACUUCCUGUCCUCCGUACCCACAGUUCCCUAAGAACACCACUUCCUGUCCUCCGUACCCACAGUUCCCUAAGAACACCGCUUCCUGUCCUCCCUACCCACAGUUCCCUAAGAACACCACUUCCUGUCCUCCCUACCCACAGUUCCCUAAGAACACCACUUCCUGUCCUCCCUACCCACAGUUCCCUAAGAACACCACUUCCUGUCCUCCCUACCCACAGUUCCCUAAGAACACCACUUCCUGUCCUCCCUACCCACAGUUCCCUAAGAACACCACUUCCUGUCCUCCCUACCCACAGUUCCCUAAGAACACCACUUCCUGUCCUCCGUACCCACAGUUCCCUAAGAACACCACUUCCUGUCCUCCCUACCCACAGUUCCCUAAGAACACCACUUCCUGUCCCCCCUACCCACAGUUCCCUAAGAACACCACUUCCUGUCCCCCCUACCCACAGUUCCCUAAGAACACCACUUCCUGUCCUCCCUACCCACAGUUCCCUAAGAACACCGCUUCCUGUCCUCCCUACCCACAGUUCCCUAAGAACACCACUUCCUGUCCUCCGUACCCACAGUUCCCUAAGAACACCACUUCCUGUCCUCCGUACCCAUAGUUCCCUAAGAACACCACUUCCUGUCCUCCGUACCCACAGUUCCCUAAGAACACCACUUCCUGUCCACCCUACCCACAGUUCCCUAAGAACACCACUUCCUGUCCCCCCUACUCACAGUUCCCUAAGAACACCGCUUCCUGUCCUCCGUACCCACAGUUCCCUAAGAACACCACUUCCUGUCCUCCGUACCCACAGUUCCCUAAGAACACCACUUCCUGUCCCCCCUACUCACAGUUCCCUAAGAACACCACUUCCUGUCCUCCAUACCCACAGUUCCAUAAGAACACCACUUCCUGUCCCCCCUACUCACAGUUCCAUAAGAACACCACUUCCUGUCCCCCCUACUCACAGUUCCAUAAGAACACCACUUCCUGUCCCCCCUACUCACAGUUCCAUAAGAACACCACUUCCUGUCCCCCCUACUCACAGUUCCAUAAGAACACCACUUCCUGUCCCCCUACUCACAGUUCCAUAAGAACACCACUUCCUGUCCCCCCUACUCACAGUUCCCUAAGAACACCACUUCCUGUCCCCCCCUACCCACAGUUCCAUAAGAACACCACUUCCUGUCCCCCCUACUCACAGUUCCAUGAGAUCACCACUUCCUGUCCCCACUACUCACAGUUCCCUAAGAACACCACUUCCUGUCCCCCCUACUCACAGUUCCCUAAGAACACCACUUCCUGUCCCCCUACUCACAGUUCCCUAAGAACACCACUUCCUAUCUCCCCUACUCACAGUUCCCUAAGAACACCACUUCCUGUCCCCCCUACUCACAGUUCCCUAAGAACACCACUUCCUGUCCCCCCUACCCACAGUUCCCUAAGAACACCACUUCCUGUCCCCCCUACUCACAGUUCCCUAAGAACACCACUUCCUGUCCCCCCUACUCACAGUUCCCUAAGAACACCACUUCCUGUCCCCCUACCCACAGUUCCCUAACACCACUUCCUGUCCCCCUACCCACAGUUCCCUAAGAACACCACUUCCUGUCCCCCCUACCCACAGUUCCAUAAGAACAAAGCCUCUGUCACCGCCCUGCUAAGUGAUCAAGAGGUGAAGCGACCCUAAAUAAAUGCUUUUCCUCCCCAGGCCCUCCUGAGCAUAUCUCUAAUGCUUUUCCUCCCCAGGCCCUCCUGAGCAUAUCUCUAAUGCUUUUCCUCCCCAGGCCCUCCUGAGCAUAUCUCUAAUGCUUUUCCUCCCCAGGCCCUCCUGAGCAUAUCUCUAAUGUUUGUGAAGCUGCUUGCAGUCUGCCCCAGAUAUCCCCACUGUCCCCAAGGGGAAUUACAAGUACAGACCUGUUUCUUCUCUUAUAGCUUUGCCAAAAAAACAAAACAAAAAUGGUAAGGCUGUGUUAGUGUUAUUUGAGAGAUGGAUAUUAUCUUAGUGUCAAAAGAUCUUAGUGCCUGUCAGUCACGAUAUGAUAUGACUGUGACCGACUGUGGCCGUCUCAUUGGCCGUGAUGACAUCAGGUCAGAGGGAUAAAACAUGCAGGGUUGGAGGUCAAUUCCUUUUGAAUUGCCAGUUCAUUCAGAAACACGAUUCUAAUUCCAAGUUGUCCCUCUUCUUAAAAACAAAAACAUUAAAGAUAAUUUCCAAUAC